CGUACAGCUCUGAGUGAGAUGGCGGCGUUAGGAGCGUCGAAGUGCUUAUGGCGCGGCGGGGCGGCUGUGGCUUUGCUGCUUUCGAGGAGCUCUCGCGUGCGCCAGACCGCCUGGGGGUGGCGGGGACUCUGCCAGAACCUGGAAGGAGAGGACAAGAAAUCUGAUGUUGCAAAGCCUUGCUUUACAGAUGAAAAAAUUCAGAACUUGCUGUGCAAGAUGACAGGGAUGGACUUAAAAAAGAUUUUUAAGCCAGUAAAACAGGAACCUAAACCCCCAACAUACUCACUGAUGACAGAAUUACAGCUGGAAGAGGCUACAAGGAAGGCCAUUGAGAAGGCUAAAGAGAAGCUCAGCAUGCCUCCUGUUUUGCCUGAGCGGGAACCAAUUAAUGAUAUAUUAGCAGAAGACAAAGUUCUAGAUGGAAUUGAACCCUACAAAUAUGUGUUUACUGAUAUCACAUACAGCACUCCACACCGUGAGCGUUUCAUUGUAGUUCGAGAAACCAAUGGAAACUUACGCAAGGCCACUUGGGAGGAACGGGACAGGAUGAUACAGAUUUACUUCCCAAGAGAAGGACGUAAACUUAGCCCUCCAGCUGUCUUCCAAGAUGAAAACCUUGUGAACGUAUUUCUUCAAGACCGUCAUGAAGACCUCCUUGAUCACUGCCUUGUACAGUUUGAGCCAGAUUCAUCUGACUAUAUCAGAUUGCAUCAUCGGACAUACGAAGAUAUUGAUAAAUCUGGAAAAUAUAAUCUUCUGCGUUCAACAAGGCAUUUUGGAGGCAUGGUGUGGUAUCUUGUAAAUCGAAAGAGGACAGAUGGAUUGCUGCUAGACAUGCUCCAAAGAGAUUUGUUUGACGAUGCUGUAAGCUUAGUUACCCUUUAUCAUAUGGUCCAUCCAGAUUGCCAGUCAGCAACAGAAGCAAAAGAACAAGAUCUUCAAGGACUGGAUUUAAUUAAGGUUUUUGCGAAGACAGAAACACAGAGAUCUGGAUACAUUGAACUUGCACUACAGUCUUAUCAAACAGAUUUGUCUGAAUCUGCAGCUUCAUAAAAUGUUCUGUUUUAUCCAUUCAUUCAACAUGGUGGGUGUCAGGGAUUAUCAGGGGGGUGGGGUGUAAAAUGUACAUUAAAAAUUUAAAUUAAAAGUUUUACUAUGAAAUGUGUAAGUAUUUCCAUGCUCUUUCUAAAGUGCAUCUUCCCUGUUUGAUUGGCCAGCUGCUCACCAUUCUAUUAAUGCUGUAUAGGUAAAACACUGAAAAGGAAUUUUAAAGACAUUUAUUAGAAGACUUUGUCUUCU